AUGUCCACAGAUCGGCCUCGAAGGGUUCGGAUAAAUGAAAAGCAUGAACGAUCACCGGAAAGGGAGAGACCCUUGCAGCUGUUAGAGCCAUCCGAGAGAGAGGUCUGUCAUCAGGAAAGUGACGGGACCAAGCCCUUGAGGUGUCCCUCCGACCAGAGCCGGUGUCUCUAUGACAGGCUGAUCUGUGAUGGGAACUCCGACUGUCCCGAUGGAGAGGAUGAGACUUUCAGUUUAUGUGUACUUCGACACUGG